CCUUAAUAUAAUAUUUUUCGUAAAGACCCCUAUUUUGUUACUAUGUUAAUGUUUAUCAAGCAUUGACUAUAAAUACAUUGACAGACUGCUGAUGAUACCAUUGGAUAUCAAGAUGUUGUCGUUUACAGUAUAUUUUGCCAUUUUAACUGUAACAUUGGCUACAGACGAACUGACGAUAUUACCCGUUUCAGAUGGCGAUCUAUGUGGGCCGAACUCCACAUUCGUAUCAUGUGCAUUCCGCUGUCCAAACCAAUAUUGUCCUCGCGAUGACAGCCUAGUACAAAUAGCUUGCAAGCCUGGGCGUGACUGUCCAUCCGGAUGCGGUUGUAAACUCAACUACAAACGGUUGAGUUACGAAGACGACAGAUGUAUCCUAUCAACAGACUGUCCUCCAGUAAACUGCACGAGACCGAAUGAGGUGUGGUCAUCGUGCCCAUCCGACUGCCUUGCGGAACAAUGUGGAAACGUAAAUGACCCACCGAGUGUUUGCAAUACACUCUUGUUGAACUGUCAAUCUAAGUGCAUAUGUGCCGAAGGCUUCUAUAGGAACGCCAGUGGAAUAUGUAUACCAGCCAACGAAUGCGAGGGCUUUGAUCCAUGUCAAUCAAAAUGUGCUCCAACUUGUGCUGAGCCAAACCCACCGAACUGUAACUAUUCAUUUGCGAAUACUUGUUGCAAAGAAGGUUACAUUCUAUCCGAGUGGAAUGGAAAAUGCAUUAGGAUUGACGAAUGUCCAACAAAUUCAACCUGCAACGGCGAUCCUAAUGCUAUUGUUAAGCAGUGUCCAUCCCCUAAUCCACCAACAUGCGAUAAACCUGAAAGUGUAACGAGUGAAGAAAAAUGUAAACCUGUGGGUUGUGAAUGUGCACCAGGCUACAUAAGGUCUGAACCUGGCGGUCAAUGUAUUCCGGCGACUAAAUGUCCAGGUGGUGAUCCAUGCGGACCAAACGGUACAUUCGUGCAAUGUUCGUUCCGAUGUCCAGACCAGUAUUGUCCCCGAAACUCUUACCAGGUGGCUUGUUUGCCACCGCUCAACUGCCCACCCGGAUGCGCUUGCAAAUCCAACUACAAGCGGUUGAGUAACACAGAUGACAGAUGUAUCCUGGCUUCCGAUUGCUCUCCAGUGAUAACCAAAUGUACGAAACCCAAUGAGGUGUUGGCAGCUUGUCCAAGUGCUUGUACCGUGGCAGACUGUAAGAAUGUAAACGAACCACCAAGAGCUUGUAUCGCACUUGCCAUAAACUGCAACCCGCAGUGCAUAUGCGCUAACGGUUACUAUAGGAACAGCAAGGGAGAUUGUGUGCCGGCUGACCAAUGUGAGAACUACGAUCCUUGUUUAUCCCAAUGCGCGCCCACUUGCGCCGAGCCCAAACCGCGAGACUGUGCUUUCUCAAAGAAACAGUGUUGCCAACAAGGCUGGAUCUUAUCCGAGCGCCGAGGUCGAUGCAUUAGAAUCGAAAAUUGCCCCCGCUCCAGUCAACUGUACCAGACCCAAUGAAGAGUAUCCCAGCGCCCUUACAAGAAUCAAGAAUCAUGCUUUAGCAACGUAAGCAAGAAACUUAUCAUUUAUAAAACUCUGUUACUGAACUGUGAACCUAAUGUACAGUUUUUGGGUUAGGAUAUUACAAAACUAGCGGUAUAUCUAUUACAUAAAAAAAAAGAUUUUAUUCUUUCUGCUUAUACAUUUUUUGUCAGCGAAGUUUUAAGACCGUAUAAAGAAGUACAACCAAAGUUAUAGUUUGUUUUAUGUAUGAUAUUGAUAUUCAUCUAUACUGAUAUUCUUGUUAUAUAAUCAUUAAAUUGUAGCAUUUUUUUAUAACCUAUAUAAAUUAUGCAUUCUGGAUUUGACUUUUAU